CGGCUGACUUGGGAGUUUUUAUCCUCAUUGUCUCAGCCCCCAUAAUAUGCUGUGCUUUGUUUUAUUUUUUAUUAUAUUUAGUUGUUUGGAAAAGGUGGCAAGCGGGCGCAAAUGUUUCGUAUUUUCGUAAACAUUUUCCGUAAAAACACUACGCCGCCACGUUUUGUUGCAAUAUUUACGAGGACAAAGCCUGGCAUAAAAUGUGUUCAUCCAUGAAAAAAUUGCAUUUAUUGCAAAAGGGGCAAAUGCUUCGCAUAGAAACUAAUAAUGAGAUUUUAGAGGGGAAGUUGAAAAGUAUGGACGAGAAACGGUUACGUCUUCAACUAGAAAAUGUUCGGGAUAUAAAGAGAAAUUUUACUUAUAAUACUCCACAAAGACUGUUUUACGAUGAAAUGAUUGACAUUCAAAUUAUAAUUAAGAAAGGGUCCGAUGACGCUAAAGUUAAUAGCGAAAAUAUCGGAACAGGUAAUUCGAGUAAAACUGAAGUUGAAGAUAACGCCCACAAAUCGAUGGAACCUAUUAGUAACGACGCGGCUGUUAAUUCAGUUCUUGAUACCGAUCGUGCCGGAUUGAAACUAUCCCACACACGAUUGCGUGAUCCGUUACAUAUUACGCAAGCUGAUCAGAAAUAUCAUAAAGCUUUAGUUGAUAUUAAACAUCAAUCGAUGGUAGGAGUUGUCAUUGUACCUCAACUUGCAAUUGGAAAUCGCAAAGCGUCAAUUUUGGUUGUCGCCACUUCAAAAAAUGUGUACAUUUUUGAUAUUCCAACUAGAGAGAACGCUUUCUGCGAUUUUGCUUCGACUUUGGAAUCAGAAUGGCCACGUAAAGCUUUGCACAAUAGUCACAAGCAAUUAGAAAAUUUUAAACAGUUUAAAUUGGCGGGAGUUUUUGAUACUUUUGUUGCCUACUGUUUAACAACAGGUAAAAAGACACCGGAAAGCUUUGAAGAGAUAGUACAAGAGACACUAAAUGUGCCACUAACGUAUUUCGAGUCCGGGAAAUCCCCUCAACCAGUUCAGCAUCACUUAACUAAGGAAUGGCGCUCCGCAGUUGCUAAAAAAGCUUUAAUGCAAUUGAAACUUGCUGAGUACCUAUUACAUGAGCAAAUGUUGGCGCAAUUCUACCGACAAUGCGAUGAAUAUUCGCAUACGUUUUCUAAUAACGAUAACGCAGUUGAAGUACAGCAGUUGUUAGCAACAAAGAGGGCCGGACUUGAGCAUAUAAAACUGAAUGAUGAUUGGAAAGCUAGUCUUGAGCCAAAAUAGCUGUAACUUAAGUUUUAUUCGCAUUUAUUAUUUAGAAAAAUUAUAUUCGGUUUGGAUCAAUUUUUUGUCUAUGUUUAGCAUUAGCUCGUAAAAAGGAAAGCGUUCGAUCGAUUUUAGUUGUAAUAGAAAAAUAUUUAGUUUAAAAUGAGUAAAAUUAUCAAUUUCUAUUUUGUUUGUUAAAAAGAUCAUUGA